CCGUUGGCGGUGCCGUGGGGCGGUGCGGCCAAGGGGCGGGGGGUCCCUCCCUCCCUCCACAUUUUAUUUCCCUUUGCGCUUCCUCCUCUCUUUAUUCCUUCCUUUUGCUCUCGCUUUGCGUCUCGGGUUCGCUCCCCGCGUCCCUCUGCUUUUGUUACCCCUCCCCUCGCUCCCUCCCGCUCCCCGCCCCCGCGUGGCACUGCGGAGCCGGAGACGUGACCCGAGCGGACUCGCUUCCCCGCAGCUCCAGCCUCUCGCCGCAGAGUCGCAUGUCCUCGAUCCAGAACCUCCAAUCCUUCGACCCCUUUGCUGAUGCAACAAAGGGCGACGACUUACUCCCGGCGGGGACUGAGGAUUACAUUCAUAUAAGGAUCCAGCAACGAAACGGAAGAAAGACACUAACAACUGUUCAGGGCAUUGCAGAUGAUUAUGACAAGAAGAAACUUGUGAAAGCUUUCAAAAAGAAAUUCGCUUGUAAUGGUACUGUGAUUGAACAUCCUGAGUACGGUGAAGUUAUCCAGCUGCAAGGUGACCAGAGGAAAAACAUUUGCCAAUUCCUCUUGGAGAUUGGCAUUGUCAAGGAAGAACAACUGAAAGUUCAUGGUUUCUAACCUGUACUCUUAUGAAGAAUCCUGCAGUAUUGGUCUUGCCUAUCCUGGCUCUUCAGUGAAGAAUGAGUCUUUGCAGUGAAUGGACUUCCCUGCUACCUGAACAUUUACAAUUUGAUUUGCAUGACUGCAUGAAACAGGUGGUGUGUAGGCUAGAGACACAUAAGAAAACUUCAGUAAGAUGAUUUUUGAGUUCAGAAAUGAACCCUUAAGGCACUAGCAACAAUUAGGGGAGCAUUAUAUGACGAUUCCUUUCUCCGCCUGGUCUAGACAAUUCCACUUGUAAAAUUCCAGUCACUCAAUCUCCACAAAUUCUGCCUGAUGUUACAGAUCUUAUCUGUUCCAGAGAAAGGAUGCUCCAGAAGAUUGUAUACAGUUAAGGUGCAAUACGUUCAGGAGGAGGAAAUGCCUCAUGCAAAGCUCAAAAUACCCACAUACCAAAUGGAAAUCCAAAAAUAAAUCUUAUGCAAGUCUUGCAGAUGAGCAGAAUAAAGUCAUUCUACUGCAAGUUUACCUAGUCCUGAUUCUUAACUACUAAAGUAAUCAGUCUUUUGGGGGUACAUAGAAAUUAGUGAUUAUCUUUUUAUCACAUGGCAGAAAAACUGAUGCUCUUAUUUAAAGCUUGUUCUCCUGCCCAAGAGGAAAAGCAAGCAGUACCUUCUAUUUUGCUGGUAUUAUACAAGUACUUCUAGUGGGCUUUGAAUUGAAGAUUAAUGACUAGCAGGUCUCAUGUUACUGAGUCAGUCUUCAUUUCAUAUGGCAUCCCAUUAACUUUUACUACCUAAGCUUGAGUCAUUUCUCCAUAGUCAUUCUGCUUGGAAUAAGUAAGAAAAAUAUUUGUUUUUCUUCCUCCUCAUUUAAAAAUCCUUUAUAAUAAGAAGAACCUCGCAAUUCAUGGGUGCCUUGGGUGAAGAUGCUUAUGUUUUGACCUUUGAAAGGCAAAAGUAUAGGGAGAUGGAGUAAGACGUAACACAUUUGAAGUUUUUAAUCUUUCUAGAAGGAAAGCAGAAAUUUUUGACCAUGAGUGUUUUAAACUAAAACAGUGUUUCUAAGAUUGUAAUUAGCUUUGUUACAAGCCCAAAUCUUUUUGUAUGUUGUAGAUGAAAGGCUUCAAGAAUAUCAUGUUUUGUCAUCUUAUUCUGAAACUUCUUUGUCAAAGCUAAACUUCCUUGGAAUACAUAUCUAUGUUUUAAAAAUGCUGAAAAUGAAGGCUUUGGAAAAUAACUGUUUAAAGUGCUGCCACAGAAAUCUGUUUUCAGAAUGAAGGCAGGUUUCAAUCUUUUUAUCUAUUCCAAAAUACGUUAAAAAAUGUUGAAGGAUGUGGCCCAUAAUUGUCAAGGCAGUAAAAAGGAGCUUAUAAUAGAAACUCUUUUGAAGUCCACUAGUAGGACUUGAGGCUGGCCAGGCUCAGACUGCAAAAAAUGGUGUUUUUUUGGUGGACUGUUGUGAAGUCUGGGUCCUUCAGACCUACCAAUCAAGAUUUCCUUCUUAGUGAUACUUAGGCUUAAUCUCAAGGUGUUAUUGGAUGUAGAAACUUGUUUUGAAUUCACAGCCUUGUGCAUAGUUUUAUUAGACUGUUCUAGCUGACUCUGAGCUGAUACCUUGGAGUAAGGUGUUGCAUAAAUAAAUUCACUAAAUUGUCUGUUCUGAGUCUACAUCUACUUAAUGCAGCUAGGAGCAAUGCAACCCUCGCUUCCCAAAUGCUUCUGGCAGUUCUUGUUUGUAGAAUAUGAGAUUUAAUAAUUUAAGUCUGUAAGAUGCCUACUUCUUACUGUCUGAGCUAUCAGGCCCUUGACUGUCACCCAUGGUCUGCUAAAUCUGACUCUGUGUCUCAGAGAUGAGCAUGAGGAGCACGAUUAUGGCCAGAUAAUUCUCGAGUGGUGUAACCUCUGAAAAGGAGUGCCUGGGCUGUGUGUGCAUGCUAAUCAUUGCUUCGGUGGCUUUGCUUGAACCUUUAUUCCUGAACUCCAUUUUUGCACAGCCAAAAUGAAUAAGAUUUUGUUUUGGAGAGCUUCUCUGGAGGGGAAGGAGGGAACUAGUAAAUAGUCUUAGGAAAUAAGUUUAUAUCUGAAGUUUGUUUCCAUUAACUUAGAUCCCUGGACUGAAGACCUCCGUAACAUCAUUGUUUCUCUCUGUAUCUUUAAAAAUCUUAGUUAGAUAUCUUGAAAGUUUGGCAUUUAAGGCUCUAUGUACAUCCAAAGCCGUUAUAAAACUGUAAAAUACUAAGUCAUUGAACUUAAGUUUCAAAUAUUUGAAAUACAAUUAGACAGAACUCCUCAUUUUUUUCCUAUACUGCCAUCCUGCUUAUAGUUGGUACAUCUUCAGUUGCCCUGAAGAUGCAUGUGUUAUUUACAGUCAGGCAGUAAUCAGAUAUCCCCUGCUGUAAUGCCAUACCCUGUUUGUAGGCUUUUUUAAUUUUAUCUGAUGUGCUGCACUCUUACAGGCUGUAGUACUCUAAUUUUGCAGUAUAGGCCAGAUGUACCUUGAGUUCCAGUCAGAAAUUAAUUCCUUAAUCCUUCUGCAAGGCUCUAGUGUAUGGAAUCUAUGUGUUACAUCUUUAAGUGGCUGAAUAUUUCCUCACACUCUGUAAAUAUGUGUACAGGAUUGAUAUUUAAGCUGUUAAAACAGGAGGGAGGUGUUUUUUACAGCUCACCCUAAGACGCUGUAGGAGUUACUGUCCCUUGUAUCUGUUCAGUGUUGAUCAGUAUCACUGAGCAUUCUUUUAACUAAUGUGCUGCUGACACUGGGGAGUUGGAAAUUGGAAGGGCUUAGAGGGUUUUGUGUAUUUAAGUACCUAUGACUUUCUACAUCCAUACUCAGUCAGGAAUCUGUCCCCUGGGCAUGGCAACAUGAAGGUUGUUUUCCAGUUGCCAGAUUAAAAGCUCUUGAGAUCAUUAAGGGAAAAAUGGCAUAGCUGUUUCAUGUUUGCUGUAUAGAUGUUUCAUGCCUACUGUUUCCCAUUUAGAUUAAAAAUACAAAAAUAAUCUCAAAAGAGGAUUUGUACUUGGCUUGCCUUUUUUAAAUUUGCUACGUGCCUGUCAUUGAUCUCUUAAUGAACAACCUGUAUUGAAGUAUUGCUACAAAGCUGAGACAAAAAAAGUCUUUUA